GCAGAUCUAUCAUAAUCAUCAGAAAACACUUAUUUUCUAUCAUCAUGGCAAUUCCAGAGACACACCGCGCCCCAUCCCUGUUCAUCAGCCAUGGAGCAGGCCCCCUCCCACUCAUCCACCCAGACUUGGAGGAUUUCCGGCAGCAAGUCGCCAAAUUGGGCAGCAGGCUCGAUGGCGUCAAAGGAAUUAUCCUCCUUUCAGCUCAUUGGGAAUCCAAUGAGCCCGAAAUCACUGCCCUUGAGGACUCUGGUCUCUAUUUCGACUACGGAAAUGUAGCCGCAGCCCAAGCCCUCGUGCCACCCGAGGCCUACGAGACCAAAUACUCUAUCCUCGGAAACGCAGCAUUAGCCGCGGAAAUCAACAAGCGCCUUCUGGACUGCGGAUUUCAACCGGUCCUAGAUUAUAAACGAGGCCUGGAUCACGGUGUCUUUGUCCCGCUCAAGAUCAUGCGAUCAAACGCAGACAUACCGGUUGUCCAAGUGUCUGUUCUAACUAGGAAAGACGAGGAGGAGGCCACAGACAAGAACCUAAGUCUUGGUCGCGCCUUGGAGUACUUCCGAGACUUCGGGUACACUAUCAUGGGAAGCGGUGGGUCAUACCAUGACUUCCUGACCAUGAAAGACGUGUUCCAAGGGGCUGGCGAGCUUCCCUCUGGGGCCGAAUAGUUUGAGAACUACCUCAAGUCCACGGCGGCAAUCUCUGACGCAAGAACUCGCGAGAAGGCGCUUAAGCGCUGGCGAGAAACCCCGUCGAGCUGUGUCUCAUGUGAAAGCUGAGGCUGAACACUUUUGGCCGUUUCUCGUUGCAGCUGGCAGCGGGGGAGACACUGCUGGGCAGCAAAUCCUCAAGCUCCUAUCUCAGGGCGUACCCAUGAGCUUCUACGAGUGGUAAACAAUGGUGAGGGGUGGACAAAGGUGACUGGUUGGCAGCGCGUGCCUUAGCUCUGGUUCUUGGACAACCAUGGCUGUGUACUUUUCAUACAUUCAUACGGAGCCAAGUAGCUUGCUUCGCCAGGGAAUAAAAUUAAGGUGUUACUUCCAGAGUCCCCACGCGAGGUAGCGGCUGCCCAAGG